AUGCCACCAGCACCAUCCACCGAACAAAAUUUCCGAGCAAACCUCUCUCAGUUCCGCUGGGCUCGCGGCAACAAUGACGACUCUCAACAGAACAACCCUCCAGCAAACCCAUUCUCUCGCUUCUACAACGCGAUAGGCGGAGGCUACAUCCCGCUACGGUCGAACGAGAGGUCGAAUGAGGAAGAGGCGUAUUUUGCGUUGUCGAGAUGGGACAGGUUGCUGGGCUUCGGUGGCUGCUUGCUCGGUGCUGCUGUGUGCUUCUUCGUAUCCUUCCUGACACUACCUAUGCUUGCGAUACGCCCCUCCAAAUUUGCACUAUCAUUCAGUUUGGGAAGUCUGCUUGUGAUGUUUGGAUUCUCGGUGCUCAUUGGACCAAUAAACCACAUGAAGCACCUCGUAUCCAAAGAACGUCUACCGUUUUCAUUUGCCUACAUCAGCAGCUUAGCAUUGACGCUUUACUUUUCGCUCGGCGCUCACUCGUACAUUGGGUCUCUUAUAUGUGCAAUCAUUCAGGUUGUCGCACUUGUCUCUUAUGUCCUUGCGUACUUUCCAGGCGGCAUCCAGACACUUCGUUUCGGGUCGCAAAUGGCUUUGCGCGGAGCGGGAAGCCUUCUUCCCGUCUAG